UCCCUCUCCAGCUCCUGGAAACCCUGUGGUCCUGUAACUCCUGCAGCAGAGUAAAGCUGUGUUUUGGGUACCGGACAGGGAAAUUUUGGCUUCCAACUGCCUCCUGUUUCCCUGGCUGGCCCAAGAUCCUGCUAAGAUAACAGCUACACACCCAUCCAAGCUGUGAGGGCAGGUAAACACUUGGGGCAGCAAGGGAGGAAGAAGAGACAUUGGUCCAUUAACAGGAAUUUAGCCCCAGGGCUUCUUAAAUACCCUAUAAACCAGCAGUUCCCCAUCUGGACAACCUAGUGUUGAUGUAGGAUCCUCAAGAGGAAGGACCAGAGAGUACCUGUGUGUGUCACUGCAUAAUACACCCCUCUGUUGCUUGGGAAAUGGGAUGGAUGGGGUCCCCUUUGGGACAUGCUAUGUGGGAAGAUGUUUCCUGGCUGGGAGUCAGCACCCUGUCUCUCUCCCUCCCCAGUGCAGGGCUGCAGAGCUGCAGUACCCCGUCCCUCUCCGGGCAUAAUGCCGGUUCACUACGUGAUGUACAAAGGCAUUAAAUUCCCCCCUGCCUACAACUCUGAGCACAGCUUGAGUUUUGCCCACAACGAGUUCUUGGUGCGGGAUGAUGAUGUCUUCAACGUCACCUACCCCAAGUCUGGUACUGCAGGGGUGGUUGAGUGAGAUCUUGAGCCUCAUUCGCAGCCGUGGCCACCCCAGCUGGAGCCAAACCAUCCUCAAUUCUGACCGUAUGCCUUGGUUCUCCACCCGUCUGGGCCUGGAGGCAGCCCUCAGCUACCCCUCACCUCGUCUGCUGACUUGCCACCUCCCCAGGCACAUCUUCCCCAAGUCCUUCUCCUGUUCCACUGCCAAGGUUAUUUACACCCUGCGGGAUCCUCGAGAUGUUGUUGUCUCCUACUACUACUUCUCCAAGAUGUGCAACAGCUAUGAGGACCCCAUGUCCUUUGAGCAGUUCCUGAGGGACUUUCUCAAUGGAGAGCUGCCCCAUGGCUCCUGGUUUGAACACGUCCAAGGCUGGAUGGAGAUGAAGGACCAGGACAAUUUCUUCUUCAUCACCUAUGAAGAGCUGAAACAGGACCUGCAAGGCAGCAUGAGACGCAUCUGCCAGUUCCUGGGACAGGAUUUAGAUGACGAUGCUGUCUCCUCGGUAGUUCGAAAUGCCUCCUUCUCAGCCAUGAGGGAGAACCCCAUGUGCAGCUCCGUCCUGCUCCCCGCGGACAUCAUGGACCAGACGAAGGGCCAGUUCCUGAGGAAGGGCAUCUGUGGGGACUGGAAGAACCAUUUCACGGUGGCACAGAGUGAGACCUUCGACAGGAUCUAUCAGGAGAGGAUGCAGGGCCUGAACAUGGCCUUUCCUUGGGACAGACAUUAGGCUCCAGACCUAACUGAAGCCAGCUGAGCACUGGGUAUAAACCAUCUAUUGACACCAGGGGGUUCUGUUUUUCUGCCACUGCCUUGGACCCAGGGAUACAAACACCUCUAAACCUCAGUGUGCAAGCAGUUAAUUUGCACCCUUUCUGCUUGGGGAUUGAACCUCCCGAGCUGUACAUAUCUUGUCUGUUCCAUCCCUCAACCCUUUUUGGCCUGGAGAUAAGCUCCGGGCACCCUCCAGGGUAGGACUCAUCUCCCUGCCCUCCAACACAUUACUCUUCUGCUGCUAAAAGAGGGUAGCACACCCCUGAGAACACACAUGAAACGUGUCCCAUCCACAGGGCACAGACCAGGUGAGCAUCUUCUGAAGCUGUAGCCAGCUGAGAUGUUUCCCUGGGACUUCUCACUGAACGCACUGUGUUCACUUACUUCCAGGUUCAGUUACUCAAACUCCUUUUCCAGCAGGAGAAGACCCCAAAGAAAAUAGAGCAAAUAGAGCUGUUCUAGCUAAAAAGUUCAGUUCAUGGUUACCCUUUCUCACCCUAACUCAUUCCUAAAUGCAGGGCCCUCACUAACAGGUAGGAACUGAAAUCUAUGCUCAGGGAAAGUGCUAGGAGCUUUUAUAGCCUCCAGAGGGAGAAUGCAAAGAGCGUGCACUUCACUUGUCUUAGCAUGCAGCUCCUCAGACACACGGAGAGCAUCCUUCACGUUUUUAUACCCUUACAUCUCACCUCAGAUCAACCAGCUGCAGUUAUUAAUCCUACCUUGCAACGGGGCACAGAUGUCAGGUCCCAAAUGAGAUAUCUCUUUUUACACUUGUUUCAGUUCUCGCUUGUUCCCUCUGCCUUAAAAACAUGCACACUAAUCCUGCCCAACCCUCUCAGCUAGACUGUCCUGCUUGUUUUCCCCAGGGAAAACCAGAGCACAGCUUUGCUUGCACCAGAGCCUGUCCCAGAUGAGUGUUGCAGAGUUGUAGCAAACAGCUUUUGCCUCUCAGAGAUCUAGCACUCUUCCAGUCAGCUCUGCCUCCCUGUGCACACGCUUUCCUGUCACUCCCCAGUACACCCAACACAUCUAAUCUUCUUCCUGUAUAAAAUAACUCUGGCGGGUGUCAAAAGAUCCCUUUAUCUCAAAUAUUUUGAUCUGAAAAACACAGCACAUCUAUCCUGACGCCUAAAAAAGGCAACGAGCGUCUCCUGGUGAAGCACGGUAAAAAACAUCCAACACAGUAGGUCUGAUGACAAAAGGACAAAUGGCUGAGUUCUUAGUCUAAGAAUGACAAUGACACGGAAUGACAAUGAUACUGAAGCUUGAUCCUGGCACGUCUGAGAAAGUGAUGAUAUUAUUGAAAGGUAGCAUGAGCACUGAUGAUCAAGAUGAUCAAGUCAAACUGCUGAGGCACUUCACAGUAAACUAAGUGAUAAAGCAUGCUAUUAACAGCA